AUGAGUUCGAAGCUCAACAGUUCAUGCCCGCCGCUCGAAGGUGAUCGGCAAGAGGAACGACCCAGCACCUCACCUUGGCUGGCGCCGUCUCGUAUCAUCAACUUCAAUAACAAGAACUGGGUCUCCGUGCCUGAAGAAAUUCUCAAGAACCACCCGGCCUUCCUCGCCUGUUGGAAGGGCCAACAAACACUCGUCUUCCCGGCUGCUCCCUACCAUGUGGCUCAUGUGCUUCUUCACUACAUACACAAAGGGGAGUACCGUAACUUGAAGGUACAUGGCACAUACCAAGAAAGUUGUGUCAUUGAUUUCAGCACGGCCAUCUAUGCCUACAAGAUUGGCAUCAAGUACCAGCUACCAGAGUUGAGCCGAUUGGCUGCAGAAAGGACCCGGAUCUACGGAGGUCAAAUCGCGUUUCCUGAGAUGACCAAGCGCUUGUCGAGCCCUCCCUUUAAUAAUAUGGAGCUACAAGGUGUGCUACGGUCUUACCUCUGCAGUAGAAUAACUCGAGAAGGCACAGUCAUGAGUACUGAAUCAAGAGCUGAGAUCGAGAAGUUUAUGGGGAGCACUAUGAUCGCAAUCCUGUACCAGAGCAUCGCUCGACUUGAGAGAGAAGCAGACGCUGAAAAAGACCGUGAAUGA